AUGUUGGUUCAUCUUUCGAAGACAGUGACUUAUCUGUCCAACUCAUCUUUAAAGCGGACCUUUUCACUGCUGUCGACUCACAAUCGGACUCCGGCCCCGUUGUACCGAUUCCAGUAUGGGCGACAGGCAUCACUAUUCGACAUAACUCAGGAAGGCGGUGGUUGGUCAAAAGAUGCCGUUUUAAUCUCAAGUGAUGGCCUAGUUCAUCCCCAGUUAUUGAAGUCUAGUCCUUAUUCCAAUGGCCCGGUAUUCAUGCCUAAUACUCGCACAAUGCAGCAAAUGUUGAGGUUUGAUUUCGAGCGUUAUGAAGAAGCCAUUGAGGACGGCAAGUCACUUGUUUGCCCAGUAAUAUUACACAUCGAAGCAGGGACUCCUAUAUCUCCCAGAUUGAUACUCUGGCGUGAAGGAACUUCUCGCUUUUCCCUUCAGCCUCAAAGUCCUCUCUCACUCGAUGAAUUCAAUGGAGAGUUGCAAGAUUUUUACAGCCAGUCUGCAAUCUCGCUUGAUGUCAAAUCGUGGAUUGAGAAUAAUCCCUACAAAGAGUCGGCUGCAGAUCAUGACGAGACGAAGUGGAUGCAAUCUUGA